AGAAAUCAUAUUGCAUUCGCCUUUGGCGGGGUUUUCUCAUUACAUUUCCUCUCUCCAAAGCCUGCCUCCGUGCAAGGAGAAAGAGAAGGUUCGUUCCUUCGCUCGCUUGCACUAUCCUACAUCGAGUUAGCAUAUCAGCUUAACGUGCGCUCACACCCCGAUGGAGGGCGGAAUCACAGUAUUCGGGAAUUUCAUGCGACAGAACUCCAUCAAAUCCCUAUUCAGAGGAAGGAAGACGGAGAAGGAAACGGACGCAUCUAUAAAGCCCAUACCUCAGCUCUCUCCCAUCGCCAAUUCUGUCAUUACUCGAUGCUCCAGGAUUCUUCAACUCUCAACAGAAGAUUUGCAGCAUCAGUUUGAGACUGAGUUACCUGACCACUUCAAGGAACCUUCUACCUAUGCUAGGAACCUGUUGGAGUAUGGUGCAUACAAAGCACUAAAUAUUGUUAUACGAAGCCCAGACCAUUUGGCUGAUAAAGAAUUCCGCCGCUUAACGUUUGAUAUGAUGCUAGCAUGGGAGGACCCUGGCACCGAGAGUGUAUCCCUACACAAACAGACUGCUUCUAGUAGUAAUCCGGAGAUUGAGGAUGAGGAAGGGGGAUCACUAUUUUAUACAAAUUCCACGAGCAUGGCUAUUCAGGUCGAUGAGAGGAAAACUGUUGGACCAGAUGCUUUUGCACGAAUUGCUCCUGCUUGUCCUGCUGUGGCAGAUAUAAUUACUGUUGACAACCUUUUUUAUAUGCUUACAAGUGCUUCAGGUGGCCAGCUCCAUUUUCUCAUAUACGACAAGUACCUUGGAAGCCUUAGAAAGGUGAUAAAAACUGCCAAAAGUGCAUCAGGGAGGGCUACAGGUUUGAAUCUUCAACUCUCUAAAGGAGAAAUUGUCUUGGAUGUUGAUGGCACAAUUCCCACUCAACCAGUUCUUCAACACAUAGGCAUAUCUGCAUGGCCUGGACGCUUGACACUGACCAACCAUGCUCUUUACUUCGAGUCGUUUGGAGUUGGUUUACAUGAUAAAACGGUCGUAUACGAUUUGACAAUGGACUUGAAGCAGGUUGUCAAGCCUGAAUUGACUGGACCUCUGGGGGCUCGUCUCUUUGAUAAGGCCAUGAUGUAUAAGUCAACAUCGGUAGCAGAGCCGGUAUAUUUGGAGUUCCCUGAAUUCAAAGGCCAUUCACGCCGUGACUACUGGUUGGCAAUUACUAGUGAGGUCUUGCAUGUACAUAGAUUCAUUAGAAGAUUCAACAUGAAAGAAAUUCAACAGGCUGAGGCACUCUCGAGGGCCACUUUAGGCAUCUUCCGCUAUCGUGCUGUGAGAGAAGUUUUCCAUAUCUUGCCUUCUCAUUUUAAGACUUUACUUGCUUUUGACUUGGCUGGAAAACUUCCUGGGGGAGAUACAAUCUUGGAAACUCUAUCAAGUCGCUUGGCGCUUUUGUCUACCCAAUCCAAAAGGAGUGAUGUUUCUGUUGGGACUUCAAACAAUGCAAGAUUGCCGACUGUUUUGUCCCCAUUUUCAGUAAUGACACUUUCUAGACUUGGCUUUGUGCUCCCAAAAGAGGUAGAUUUUCCUGAAGAAGCCGAACUCUAUGUUGGAGAUGUUUGCGUUGGUGAGAUAAAUCCUCUCGAAAUGGCAGUUAAAGAGUCAAAAUUUGACUCUAGCAAAGCUGAGGCAGCACAAGCAACUGUGGACCAGGUGAAAGUGGAGGGAAUUGAUACAAAUGUGGCUGUUAUGAAGGAAUUACUUUUCCCAGUGGUCGAAUCAAUCAAAAGACUUCAGUUUUUGGCCUCAUGGGAAGAUCCUUUUAAGUCAACAUUAUUUUUGGUGUUGAUCUGCUAUGCAAUUUACAGGGGUUGGAUCAAGUAUAUGUUGCCCUUUAUUCUUGCGGUCCUUGCAACUCUCAUGCUCUGGCGCAAACAUCGCAGCAAAGGGAAGCCAUUGGAAGCCUUCAAAGUCAAUCCUCCCCCAAGUCGGAACCCCUUUGAGCAGCUCAUAGCGUUGCAGGAAGCCAUUUCUCAGUUUGAAAUGCUUGUUCAAGAUGGAAAUAUUGUUCUCCUCAAGCUAAGAGCUCUCUUGCUUGCAGCACUGCCACAGGCUACAGACAAAGUGGCUCUCUUCCUGGUCAUCAUGGCUGCUGUGUUUGCAAUUGUGCCACUGAAGUAUCUGUUCACAUUCGCAUUCCUUGAAUGGUUUACGAGGGAGAUUCCUUUUAGGAAAGAGGUCAGUGAAAAGUGGACAAGGAGAAUAAGGGAAUGGUGGGUCAGAAUCCCAGCAGCUCCUGUUCAGCUCAUCAAAGCUGAAGAUAAUAGCAAGAAACGGAAAUGAUUCUGGAACAUGGCUAUGUCAUAUCUCCUAUUCUUUUCAUUUCUUGAAAUCUAUGCUGUGUAUUUGUUUGGUUAGGGUAUCUAGUUCUGCAGAUCGUGUGCUUGGGAGUUGCUGGAAGCUGGGCCAUCUGCCACCAGUAGCCGGAAGCUUGGCGCAUUUUGGUCAUUCUAAAGGUGCUAGAUGUAGAAUGGGGCAUGUUUAUUUAUUCAACCCAGGAGGUGCGCUUUUGUGGCCUUUCAUGGAAAAGGAAAUUUACAAUGCUCGGACCCAGCUAGCUCGGCCUGGGUUCUGGCCAACACUCUUUUACACAUGGUGCCGGAAACUCCGCACCAGAGCAUAGCUAUCCGACUGACUGUUGGAUGGUCAAAAUUAACUAUUGCCUACUGUUUCUACACAAUGGGAAAGCCCAUUGAUUGAAUGGCUGGAUUGUUGGAUCUCA